UGCACCCCCCUCAUCCCUUUCUCAGAGGUUUUAGACGCCUGCCAGAGCCUUCUUUGGAAUGCGGUGACUGCCACUGCAGCAUUUCCUAUGGCAGACUGCUGGGUGUGAGGACGAUCUUCCCAUAAUCUUCAUUUCUGCUUUAUGUGUCGUAACAGUUUUAUCUCCCUUAGAUCUGCCUGCAUGCUGAGCUUGGAUCUUCGGUUGUGCCAUAGGUCGCUCCUCAGAGAUAACCGAUGUGUUACCUCGAUACGUGUGUUGUUUGAAUUCUCCUCUGUAGCACGGAUCCAUCAGUGGUGAACUUCAUGACGAGCUGAAGUGCCGGCUGCCAGGAGACACCAGGAAAACAGAGCAGAAGGUGAGUGGUACACCGUGUCACAGUGAGCACCGGAGCCGAGAGGAGCAGAGACUGCUUUGAGGAGAACUACAUGUGAAACAUCACUGGAUAAAAUGGGGAAUGCAUCAAUGAAACCCAAACAUCUGAGGCAGCCAGACAGACACAUAGCAAACCUAGCUCUUGGUUGUGCUAGCAACUAUAAGUUUCUAACAGACCCCGGUCUGGGCAUCCACGUGACUGGACAAGUUGAUGUGCUUUGCAGCAGGGUGCUUGAACUGGAAAAGGAGCUGAAAAGAAAAGAUGAAGAGUUGCAAGAGGGUCAAAGUCUUGUUGCUGAGCUUCAGGAGCAGCUGUCUGUGCAGACUAAAGUCAUAGCAGAACUCACCAAAGAACUUCAGAGCAAGUGCAUACAACUGAACAAGCUGCAGGAUGUUAUUAACACCCAAGGAGAACACUCUCUUCAGCCUUCUCCAUUUAGAGUGACUCCAAAGAAUCAAGUCUCUGCUGACAGGAGGAAAGGAGCUAAGGAGGGUGUAUCUGCAGAGCCAACAACACAGCUCUAUGAUUCUGGCAAACAAGCUAGGUUUUCCUUUGAAAAAUCAAGAGUCCGAAAGGAUUCCAGUGAGAAGAAGCUCAUCACAGAUGCCCUGAAUAAAAAUCAGUUCUUGAAGAGACUGGAGCCUCAGCAGAUCCGAGAGAUGGUGGAAUGUAUGUAUGAGAGGACUUUCCAGCAGGGGAGCUAUGUCAUCAGACAAGGAGAGCCAGGCAAUCACAUUUUUGUCCUCAAAGAGGGCAGACUGGAAGUCUUCCAGCAGAAUAAACUGCUUUCCUCCAUACCUGUGUGGACAGCCUUUGGUGAACUGGCCAUUUUAUACAACUGCACACGGACGGCUUCUGUGAAAGCAAUCACCAAUGUUAAAACAUGGGCACUGGACAGAGAAGUGUUUCAAAACAUCAUGAGAGUGACAGCACAGACAAGACAAGAACAGUACAGAAACUUUCUUAGAAGUGUGUCCCUCUUAAAAAACUUACCAGAAGAUAAGUUGACCAAAAUCAUGGACUGCCUGGAGGUGGAGUACUAUGACAAAGGAGAUUAUGUUAUUCGGGAAGGAGAAGAAGGAAAUACCUUCUUUAUAAUAGCAAAAGGAAAGGUAAAGGUUACCCAGAGUACUGCAGAUCAUUCACAGCCUCAGCUGAUUAAAAAUCUGCAUAAAGGAGAUUACUUUGGAGAAAAAGCCCUCAUUAGUGAUGAUGUCAGAUCAGCAAACGUUAUUGCGGAUGAAUAUGACGUGGAGUGCCUCGUUAUAGAUAGAGAGACAUUUAAUCAAACUGUUGGAACUUAUGAGGAGUUACAAACCUACCUUGAAGGUUAUGUGGCUAACCUGGCGCGGGCUGAUGAAAAGCGACAUGCCAAAAGAAGAUCCUUCUGUGGACAGUCAACCAAAGAAGUGUCUUUGGAGAUGAUACAGCUGAAGGAAAAAGUAGCCCAGUUCCCUUCUUCCCCAUUCCAGAAUUUAGAAGUUGUCACAACUCUCGGUGUUGGUGGGUUCGGAAGGGUUGAGCUUGUUAAGGUAAAAAAUGAGAACGUGGCUUUUGCUAUGAAGUGUAUAAAGAAGAAACAUGUAGUGGACACCAAACAACAAGAGCAUAUAUACUCUGAAAAGAAAAUCCUUGAGCAGAUAUGUUCUCCUUUCAUUGUGAAACUGUAUCGCACAUUUAAGGAUAGUAAGUAUGUGUACAUGCUGCUGGAGGCUUGCCUUGGCGGGGAGUUGUGGAGCUUGCUGAGAGACCGAGGCAGCUUUGAUGAACCCACUACAAAGUUCUGUGUUGGAUGUGUGACAGAGGCUUUGGACUAUCUACAUCACAUAGAAAUUGUCUAUAGAGACUUGAAGCCAGAAAACUUAAUUUUGGACGCUGAAGGAUAUAUAAAAUUGGUUGAUUUUGGAUUUGCAAAAAAGAUCGGAUCAGGGCAGAAAACCUGGACGUUCUGUGGAACCCCUGAGUAUGUUGCUCCAGAAGUCAUUCUGAGUAAGGGCCAUGACUUCAGUGUGGAUUUUUGGUCCCUUGGGAUUCUUGUGUAUGAACUCCUUACUGGCAGCCCACCAUUCUCUGGGGCUGAUCAGAUGACAACAUAUAAUUUGAUUCUAAAAGGCAUUGAAAAACUGGAUUUUCCUAGAACAAUAACAAGGCGGCCUGAGGAUUUGAUCCGCAGACUCUGCAGGCAGAACCCGACAGAAAGAUUAGGCAAUCUGAGGAAUGGGAUUAAUGACAUUAAGAAGCACAGGUGGUUGAAUGGUUUUAACUGGGAUGGUCUGAAAUUGAGGAAAUUAGCAUCACCUUUAAAAAGAGAGUUAUCUGGACCAACUGAUUACAGCUACUUUGACAGCUAUCCACCUGAAGAGGGAAUGCCUCCAGAUGAACUUUCUGGUUGGGACAAGGAUUUCUGACACUUUUUUCUUCCAGGACAUCUAUAGAGACUCAUGGGCAUCAGUUCUAAACCUGUUCUUGUGUUUCUUGCUUAAAACCAAAGUACAUGAUGUUGUUGAAAAAUGUUGUGUUCCCUGGAGAAUAGAAGAUGGUACAGCAACCAGAACUUGUUUGGAUGUUGCACCAAAUUCUGUGUGCAUCUCCUUAUAACAAAAGCAUGCAGAUGCAACCUGAAUAUUUUUGAUACACAAUAUCUCUAUGAGCAUUUUCUGACACUACGGAUGGGAUGUAUGGUUUUGCCAUUGGGAAUUUCACUAGCACAUGUUUUGAUUACCACGUCUUUAUUUUGAACAGAGAGAAUGAAGAUUAUGGGCCCGUAACUUUGUGGAAUUUGUCAAUACCUGACACUACAGGCAUUUAUUUUUCCUUUUAUAAUGAGUCUACUGUGCAUUUUGCUCUUUCCAGUAAUGGGCAGUCCUGCAUUGAUCCGGAAGCAUGUAGAAGACUUUUUCUACAAGACUGAUUUGAUUUGAUGCUGCAGCUUAAAGGUUAUCAGUGUGGAAACUGUCUCUCUAUCAGUUUAGUUCGGCACCAGGUUGAGUUUGUCAAACAGGGUACAAUGGGUCAAAUGGAAAUCCAGCAGGGAACUAGGUAAAUGCAUAAUAGAUUUUUCCUGGAAAAGCAGACUCUGGUAUAACUGCUUCAAAGAACUAUGUCUGCAUCUUAAAAUGUUGUGCUUUCAUGUAGCGUGAAGCUAAAAUAGAUAGACAGAAAGUAUUUAUCUUGCAAGAAGAAAUAUGUAAGUACAGAAUCAUAUUUUGUCCUUCAAAUAUAUGUUCAAUGAUAUUUUUCUUUCAUUGGUAUUUUGCUGUAAUUAUGAAAUUUGCCGAAACAUUGAUGCUAAAACUCACUCAUUUUGAUGUCCCACUUGCUAUCACUAGAUAUGGAUACAUGUGGGUAGUAGGCAUAAAUGAAAAAAGGACAGCUGCUGACUUGGCAUUUCUCAGUGAACUAGUAUCGCAGAUGAGUUUUACAAUCUCCUUGCAGGUUUUCAGGACAUGAUCGGGCAGAGACUUGAGCAGCUCGAUCUGGGCUCAGUGUUGACCCUUCUCUGAGUUGGAGUGGAGAACUCCCAUGGCCCUGUGAACCCAGGAAUUAAUUUUCACAGUCAGCUAUUUGCAUAAUUACAAUAUAUCAUGACACUUUUCCCCAUAUGAGUUUGUAGAUGCUUAAUUUUUGUCACUCAACGUCUAUAUUAUUAGAACAAAAGGAGUUCUUUUGAAAUGUUGAUUGGAGAUAAAUGCAGUUGGGUGUCAAGUGCUCAUGAAUUAAACAUAAAACUCUCUUGCACCCUGCUACGAGGGCAUGGCAUCUUCCUGGGGAUCAUGCUGGUUUUCUUGCAUCAGUGCAUCUGUAGCCCCUGAUAGAAAUUGGUUCCGUUCCCAACCUAAAUUAAGAUAUUCUAACUGCCAUGACACACCGCAUUUCACAUGCUGGAUAGAAAACCUCCCAGGAAACUUGUGAAGUGUGCUCAGGGCUUCUUAACUGACACUGGCUGACUGGUUAUGACCAAUCCCAACUGGGCAAGGAAGGUCUGCCACUGGGGCUGUCCCAUGUCUGAUGAAUGAAAGAAUCAGAUCUUCCACUUUGAGGUCAGUGUCAAGCUACUGCUUGCCCUUAGUUAGAGUGUAGGGAGCUGGGGCUGUAUUUGAUGAGGAAUGUGUUUUGCUUUUUGAGGGGGAAUUGCUCCUCACUGAACCUCUGCCUGAUGAACUGCUGAAUGUGCUGCAGGAGAACAUUCAUUUGGCUGUUUUGGGCAGAAAUCUGACAAAAUGUUUUCAUUAAAAAUUGCUGGAAACAAGGAAAUCCUUGAACUGAUGUAUCACAGUAAACAGCCUACAGGCUAAUAAUUGAUUUGUUCCAUGUUAACAAAUAUUUUUUAUUGCUGACCAUUCAGACAGAUUGAUUUUGUUUGACAGAAGAUCAAUUUAAAUAUUUUGUACAGCAUUCAGCCCAAGUAAAGGCGGCAGAGUCCUUUCCGCUGGAAAACAAUCAGGUCAAAGAGGAUGGAUUGGAGGCUUUAAGCUAGGACUACAGGUGCUUUAGACCUUUUCAGCUCCACUAAUUACCACCAAAGAACAGACUUUCAUUUCAGGAUUUAGGCAAGACUAGAUGUUGUGGAUGUGUGUUUCUGUGUGUGUCUGUCUGUCUCUCAUACAUAUUUGUAUUAUAGUCAAAAGACUAUUGAGUCAGAUUUUAUAAAAAGAUUUUGAAUGUAUUUUUCCAUUGUAUCUAUAGGUAGUUUUCCUUUAGAUACAUAACAAUAAAUAUAUAUAUCAUUUUUUAUGUGAAGAAAUAUAAGAAGUGCACUGUUCAUUGCAGUUAGCAAUUAAGUCUGUGGAAGAAGAGGACGUUUUGUUUAUGAAGCAAUCAUGUUGCUUGUUUAACUUGCAGUGUGUGCAAAUAAAAAAAUAAGCUUGCAGUGCAAGGGGUAGGACAGUGCCUUUUUACAGUCUCGUUCCACACAGCACAAUCGCUGAAGUUGGAAAUGACCUCUAAGAUCAUCUAGUCCAAGUGUCAACCCAUCAACACCGUGCCCUCUCAGAGAAUCAUUAAAGUUGGACUGGACCUCCAAGAUAAUUAAGUCCAGCAGUCAGCAUGUCUCUCACUCAAAAGAUACAUUGCCUAGGGCAUGCUGAGAAAAUAAAUCAUGUAUAAGAAGUCACAAGAAGUGAUAUUACAGGUCUCUGUUGUGUUUAUGUAGGGAAUCGUGUGCAUUUCUUUUCUGAAACAUGUGCAGAUGAUGAAGCUGAAAUAUUCCAGGACCAGAACUGUUUGUGGGCCAUGAAUUAAUAGCCUGCUAUCCAAUGGAAAACCCUGUCAAAAACGUGUCCUCAGCUAUUUGUACAUGAUGACUAAGUCAGGAAACACUGUUAACUUUGCAGAUGAUACAAAAGUUUAUUCGGAAGUAAAGUGCUCAGUUUAAGGAUCAAUACAUUCCUGAUCAUUGCAGAAGGCUUGCAUAAUUAACAGCUUCCUAAUGAGCCCAAACACUGUACAUAGCUUUUCUAUACAAAACCUUAGUGCUAAGUGAAAAAAUUGUGCUAGAAUCUAAAGUUAAAAAAUGAGAUAAUAUCAACAUUCAGAAUAUUUUUCAUGCAGCCAUGUGCUACUGCACGGCUAUUGUCACACACAUGGAUAUCCCAUGGAAACUACAUGCACUUCAAGAUGAAGUUUGUUAUAAGUAACGAUCCGCUACAGCGAUACACUUUAAUACAUACAGCUAGGAAUACAAAUUCAUUUUCAUUAAAAAAAACAUAUCUUCCUUUGUACUAUAAGUAAGUGCCACCUUCAGGAACAAGGCACCACUGGCAGCCUACUUGCUAAGCCAACAUGCCACAGACUGAAAUGCUGGUGGGUAAAAGAAUACUGUGCCUCAGUGCUUUCUAUUGGAAAGCAACAUUUUAUCUUCAGUGGUGCACCUCUCCUUCCAACAACAAAUUGUCUGACAAGGCACAGAAACACAGCAAAACAUGGCAGGAAAAAUAAGAAAAAAGGCACUGUGUAACAGAGUUGACGGUGACCAUAUUGAUUAGGGGUGGAGAGGCAGUUCUUAAAUAUUACUUUUAAAAUGCUAAUGAAACAGAAAGAGGUACAAUGCAUAUAGUUUGUACUACACAGUAACCUGAUGAACAAGUUACAAACUAAGAGCACUUCCUCUGCUUAAUGAAACAUAGUAUUUAAAAAAAAAAAAAAAAAGGAG